UAUGCUUAAUCGUGCAAUUAACAUUGGUUUCCGUAAAGCAUUGCCUCAAUAUACUUUCUCAUCGAGAAGUAAAAUGAUUGUUAAUAUGCCAUAGAUGGGCCAUACAAUCCAAAUAGAUAUAGACAUUAUUUGAAUCCAAACUUUUUCUAAUCCAAUAAGGAAAUUGCUGAUAUUGCUAAAUCAUAAUAAGUACCUCUUCCAGGUAUAUAUUAAUAUUGAUUAUACUAAGUGCGUAAUGUUAGACAUGUCAAUCCAGUCAGAUAAUCAGGUCCAUUACCUCCCUAUGAUGGUCCAUACACGUAUUUUUAUCCUCAAAAUAAUUUUAAAUAGUAUGGAAGAUGUAAGAGCUGUAUGGCAAAAUACUUCAAUUGGUAGAUAAGGAACAUGGAGUUGUUAAAUGGAUCCAGAUGAAAUUAUGAGAAGAGUACCAGGUAUUUUCAAUCAUUAAAAAUGAUUAGGAAUAACAAGAAGAGAGGUUGAAAAGAUUUUGAAUAUGGGUUUAACACCAUAAGAAUAAGUGGAUUUUGCAUAUCUAGUUUAUAAUUGUGGUUUUGAUGUUGAUUAUACACCAAACAGUGUUUAUGUUGCAAGAUAAGUUGUGACAAAUUCAAAAGGUGAGAAGGUUGAAAUCCUUUGGAAUGUUUAAGUCUUAGAAGAUUUGGCUAAAUUACCUGUUGGAUUUGCACCAGUGAGGGAAUUAAUAGAUUAUCAUUGGGAAAUUUUCUUGUGGUCAGAUCCAAUGAUAAAACCAACAGGUGAUUUAGAUUUGGGUGUGCCUAAUACUUGGUUUGAAUAUGAAUGCGAAUGUAAAAUUAAAUAUUGAUAUUUUCUAGGGGGAGGUGAAAUGGUAGGAAUUGAAGAUCAAUUUAAUAUUCCUGAGAGUGACAGAGUUUUUCCUUCACCAAAAAACCCAAAUUGUAGAAGAGAAUUAUGGAAAUCAUAGGAUGAUAUCUAAGAAUAAUUAGAAAUGGAAGGUAGAUUUAUUGUUGUAACUGUUAUAUAGAUGAAAAUUGGUAUCCUAAAGGAACCUCCUACAACAUUUAUUAAUAAGCUGAUUACAAGAAAGUAACUAAAUCAGAUAGCACAUUCUAAGAAAAAAUAUGAU